CUUUCAUCCGUAGUACUUGCUAGACAAAACCAACAGGUCUUCUGCAGUUUGUGACAAAAUUGUGAAAAUCUGUUUCUCAGCUGGAGGUGAUUAGAGUGGAUGAUUGUCCCCAGCACACUCAAGUGAACUCAGAGCCUGCAGAGAUCAAUGUCUGGAAUGAGGAAGAGAAACACAGCAAGAAUUGGCUCACCGUGUCUAAUUUCAGUCAGCUAAGUUUGGAACGUCUCUAUUACAAGCACCAGAAAAUUAAAAAUCCAGAUGUUGGUAGACAUACCAUACCAUUCUGUGAUUACCUGAAGCAUUCUCAACAGGAUUUCAGUAAUAACAUAUUUGGAAACACCAAGAAAAACAAUCUGAACAGGAAUUCCUCAUUGAGAACUCCAGAGGAAACUGACAAUGUCUUCUCCUGCUUGAAAACAUCUCAAGAUUUGCACCUUCACUACUCAGCUGUUGAAAGAAACAACUUAAUGAGACUUGCUCAGACCAUACCAUUUACACCAGUCCAGCUCUUUGCUGGAGAGGAAGUGACAGUCUAUCAACUAGAAGAAAGUUCACCUAUGAAUCUUGAUAAAAGCAUGUCUUCCUGGUCCCAGUGUGGCACAACUGCAAUGAUCCAAGUCCUGUCACGGGAGGAGAUGGAUGGGGGUCUGCGGAGGGCCAUGAAGGUCAUUUGCACUUGGUCUGAGAGUGAUGCAUUAAAGCUGGGACAAGUAUUUAUUGUGAAGUCUUUCCUGCCAGAGGUGGUUCAAACUUGGCAAAAGAUCUUCCACCAUGGCACAGUAUUGCAUCUCUGUCUGAGGGAGAUUCAACAGCAAAGGGUUGCUCAGAAGUUAAUCUAUACCUUCAAUCAAGUGAAGCCUCACACUAUUCCCUAUACUCCAAGGUUCCUGGAAGUUUUCCUCAUCUACUGCCACUCAGCAAACCAGUGGCUGACCAUCGAGAAGUACAUGACUGGUGAAUUUCGGAAAUACAACAACAACAAUGGAGAUGAGAUUACUCCCAUCAGCCUGCUGGAAGAGCUGAUGCUGGCCUUCUCCCACUGGACCUACGUCUACACCCGCGGGGAGCUACUUGUCCUGGAUUUGCAAGGUGUUGGGGAAAACCUUACAGAUCCAUCUGUGAUUAAACCUGAAGACAAAAAGUCUGGAAAGAUGAUGUUUGGACCAGCAAACCUAGGAGAAGAUGCAAUAAGAAACUUUAUUGCAAAGCAUCGUUGCAAUUCUUGCUGCAGAAAGCUGAAACUUCCUGAUUUGAGAAGAAGUGACUACAUGUUGGAAACUGCUGGUCCAGCCUUCGGAAUAGAAAUGGAAACAAGCACCAAAGAACCUGAUGAUGCAGAUGAGCCUUCUGAGUAUGACUCACAGCUGUGAUGCAGAGAACCCAUCUUUUAUGUUUCAAAACCUGUCCCUUAUCACUGCCAAGAAUUUGUCCAAAAUCACAAGAUACAGGUGACUGAGUGGAGCAUCUGUCUGCCCUGGCUAGACCCUACAGACGAGGAUUGAAAAAAAUUAGCUUUAUUUACUCCCCUUCCAUGUUCUUGUGCUGGUCUUUCUUGUACAGAUUAAUGAAUUGCCAGGAGCAGGUCACCCCUUGCCUGGAUCAACUGUCCUGCCAGUGCCUUUUUUAAAAUAACGUGGAUCAUGGUUCCAAAUUGCAUUUUCUUAGGAAAAUGACUGUGACACAUUUAUUUCAAAGUGGAAGUAAUUUUUGUCUUUUCUGUUCUUUAGUGAAUAAAUGAAUGUAUAUAUAUAUGAAUCAUUAAUUUUCAGUCAGAGCCCAUUCAGUCUUCUGCUCAGUUUUCUUGAGCAUAAAGGACUCUCCAGGAAAUUGCAGAAAUACUGCUUUCUCUUUAUCAUUGAUUUUGAUGCAGAGACAAAUGAAGAAUAUGUGAGAAAUUAAUUUUUGUUUUAAAAAGUAGUCAUGACAGACUGAAAAAUUUUGUAGGAAUUUUGUCUUCAAUUUUUUUCACAUACCAAGAAAAAGUUGCUCAGUAAAGUGGCAAAUUAUGGGAUCCAUAGGUAUUGAUUUUUCUUAUUUUGAGUUGAAAAAGUUGGAUAUUCUGUUAUUCUGGAUAUUAAUACAAACAUAUGAAUGUCAUUUGACUUUUAGGACUUGCAUGUCUUUAUAAUAUUUUAGCUUCUGAAUGUCAUAAAAUUGCAAUUUUAUGAUUUCUAAAAACUUUAGAAGUCAUAAAGAAUCCUAUGUUCCAUUUGGUAUUUAACUUGUCAAUGUCAGGCUGAAUGUGUUGGUGUCCUCUGAUUACAGAUGAAGUUCAGAAAACAAAAAAAAAAAAAAAAUCAAUCUGUGCAAUAGGAUUUUUGUAGAGUAAAAACUGAAAAGAAGUUUUCACCAGAAGUAUUUCUAACACAACUGCUGUUCUGAUGCAGGUCACACUACUGAAGCGACUUUGUACUUUGGUACAAAAAAUCUAAUGUUUUUUUGAGUAAAAAAAACCUAAUGUUGAAAUGUCAGUCAUUAGGAAACUUUAUACUCUAAUUAAGAAACAAAUCAUAUUUCUACUACAGCUGGCAGUGAAUUUUAAGGUGUAAGGGGGCUUUUUAUUAUGAUCUGUGAUUUAUUUGGUGUAUUUAGUGUCUACAUACACAUAGGAUUUGGAAGUUACAUGUUCCCAGUUUUUAUAUUGAUUAUGAUAUUGAUGUUGAAGUAAUCAGCACUGCAAACAGUCAUUGAAGUAAUCAUCUACACCAUGUUUAGCUGAGAUGCCUUCAGUUUCUGAGAGCAUUCAGAAGAGGUUCCGAUUGUUUUUUUUCUUUUUAACAUAAUUUGAUAGAACCCCCCAUAUUUUUCCCCAUCAGAUUAUACUACUUAUUUUGCAAGAUACGUAGUUUCCUUUGGCUCUUAUUUUUUGGAAGGAAGUCAAUAUACCAGAAAACUUAGCUUGUCUGUGAAAGAGAUAGUUUGAUUUCAUCUCUGCAGACUGACAGUGAACUUUGGUCCAUGUGCCUAUAAAGUAAUAAUUCUGCUUCCUGUGGUUAUAAUUUUAAAAUCUGACUUUAGGGAGGUAUGUACUUACAUGAAUUCAAAUAUACUUUAAAGAGAGAUCUUUCUCUCAAGGGUUUCUAACUAUUUGUAUGCCCCUAAAUUCAUUUAAGUUAAAUGACACAAAAAUAUGUCUUUAAACUCAAAGACAGUGUAAUUCCUGCCCUGAUAGUUCCCCUCAAAUGUUGCCAUAAAUUCAGAAUACAUAUAUAUUAUGCAAAUCAAAUUAAUUCUAGACCAGGCUGGGCCUGAGCACCUUUAAUUUCCUUACAAGUUUUGAAGGCAUGCACCAAUUAUUCUUCAGAUUAACUUUUCUUGACAAUGCUACUGUUGCCUGCAAGAGUGGGUGGCUCCUGAUUCAUAGCAACACUUGUGAGAAUUCUUAUGAUGUAGAGCUAGCUCAGUGUAGAUUAAUCUUAUUCCUUCUUGUCAGUAUCUGUCAAGGUAAAUACUACAUUACAGUAUGAAGUUGGGGAUCCUUGCAAGAUACUUAUCUGUGUUAAAAUGUAGUCUAUUUAAUUUUAUAGCUAUUUAAUUUUGGUCAGUGUGAAAUAUUAAGUGGAUGAAACAAGAAAAUGAGGUAUUUCAAAUGGUUCCAUUGUAUAUUUUUAUCCUUGCACUAAUUUUUCCCUGUGUGGAGACAAUAAGUUGAAAAGUCCAGUAAUUUUGCUGGCUGAUAAAUAAUGCCUCACCUUUCUUUUUGCAUUUUUUGGGAGUGCUGACUCACAUUUCACUGAACUGUAAAUUUAAGUAUUUGAUUAAAGAUCUUCCUCCCCUCCCUUUUCACAAUUCAGUAAUAAAUUGUAUUGAAAAUAAUUACAAAAAUUCUUUUGAGAUCUUGGUGUCUUUCUUACUGCAAAUUCUGUACAUUCUUUAAAUUGUCUUUUGUUUUUUAAAUACUGAUCUUGGAUUGAAGCACAUGCCUACUGAACACAUGAAAAAAAUAAACCCCAGCAGCCUUUAAUGGGCACAGCAGUUACCCCCGCACACACUAAAACUGGGGUUCAUGUGAAAUGAAAGAUGUGGAAGUCAGGUUCUUUCUCCAACUGCUUGACAACUAGAGAGGAAGAAAAAUCGUUUGUCAAACCAAACCAUAGCAGUUUCUGAUUAUUAGUUUCAAUAUUUGUUUAUGCUGAAAAGCACAAACAGGGAUUUAUUUUAUAAUUCUGGUGGGUUCAGGAAAAAAAAAAAAAAAAGGCCUGUUUAUUUUUAUGUCAGGCAGUAAAGUUUUGAAAAAACAAAACAAAACAAAAAAUCCACCAGUGUAUUUAUAAGCUCACUUUUUAAUAGGAGCUUAAAAGAAGCUUACUUAGCAAUUCAGUUGGGGAUUAUCCACAGGAAAAUGUUUUUUUGGCAUCUGCUGCAUUGGAGAUGUCACUGGAACGUAUGAAAAAUAUUCAAAAAUUGCAAACCUCACACUCAGGAAGGCUUUCUUUUCUUUUAUUCAUGAUUGUGGUGUAUUUGGAAUUAUUCAUUUAUUGUUAGUGCAAUAAAAUCAAAAGGGAUAUUACACAUGUAUUUUCUAGAAAUGAAUUUGUAUUUGUUGUGGUUUUGUCAAUCUAUUUCAUAUUAUUUCUAAAGAAUAAAAGAACAUUUUCACAA